AUGUUCAGACAAUCUACUAGUCGAACGGUGUUCCAAAGCCUGGGAAUGUCACUGCUUUUAUUCUGCGGUUCCUUAUCAUCAUCAUCAUUAUUAUUUUUCCACAAAAACAACGUCUUCGCAAGUGCUGCUGGUGCUUCCGGAACGCAAAAGUUCAAGCGUGACAUUGGCGAUGAUUGCAGUGAUCUCACAUCAGAAGCCUGCAUUCGAGAAAUAAUCACCAUUCAAAAAUGUCCCAUUGCCUGUUCGGAACUUUUGGAAGAACCUGGAACCAUUGCCAGAACAUCCGACAGUGAGAUUUAUCAACAACGAGUCACCAAGCAAGAUGGCAAACAAAUUACCUUGGAAGAAUACGAGGGAUACAUUACCCUCUUUGUAGUCAUUCCGCUUGUACCCAAUGCCCAAUAUUAUUACGAACUGGUGGAGCACGUGCACGAGAUCUUUCCCUUCACGGUCGAAAUUAUGAUUCUUCCCAUUUCCGUGGUGGACGACAAUGAAUAUGAUGCUGCUGAAAUCAUUCCUCAAGCCAACUCCAAGGUCACCUUUUUAAAACACGAAGAGCGAACAGACUUUAUGAUAUAUCUUUCGGAAUCAGAAGUCUUUGGGGGAGAAGAUAACUUGCGCGAAUUUGCCAACGAUCGGGCAUCGAUUUACAUUAUCAGUUCAAAUGGACAAUUUGUCGAGCGCAUGGUGGCUCCCAAGCUUAUUGAUUUGGAAAAGCGCAUCAUUGUGUACUUGCAACAAUUGGAUCCAACCUUUUUGGAACUGUAG